AGGGGAUGGGGCAGGCUGGUAACCGGGCUGUAACGGGGAUAAGCUGCAGCCUCCGUCUCUCAGGUGCUCUGAUGGAGUGAACCGGGCAACGAUGCGCCUUCACUUCCUUUCUCUGUCGGUCAUGGAGAGGGUUCGUCUCACAUCUCAGUGAAGCCUGGGCCGGGGGUCAGAGGUCAUCCACCAAACCUGCACUUCUCCCUCUUACCCCUGCACCCCCACUCCAGCCCUCCACCCCCAGCAGACCCUUCACUGUUUCCCUCAAUCCACCAAAACUUAUCACACAUCCUCUUCUCCACACUUUUCUCUCACUGACACAUUCACAGAGCUCCCCCCCUGCACGUGUCUCCUGCCUGCUACCCAAUCAUCGUGACAGGAAAGACUCUAUAACCAACUGAGUAACUGUUGGCCGUUUGAUGACGAGUCAGUGGUUCGCCAGACGCUACGCUCAAGUGUCCUAGACAGCCUCUCAGAUAACGCCUCUCACACCCAGGCCUAAAGAUGAUGUGCGAGGUGAUGCCCACCAUCUCGGAGGACGGGCGCAGUGGCGGAGGAGGCUCGUCUUCCCCGGCGGGGAGCGGAGGAGGGACUGGAGGGGUGGGAGGCAUAGGGGGCUACGGCAGCAGGGAUUCCCGCGGCAGUGGCAGCAGUGGUAGUGGGGGUGGUGGCAGCGAUGAGGGGGGCAGCACGGGCAACCUGGAGUCCCUGAUGGUGAACAUGCUGACGGAGAGGGAGAGGCUGAUUGAUAGCCUGAGGGAGACCCAGGACUGUCUGGGGACGGCACACCUACGUCUGCGAGACUUGGGCCAUGAGAAGGAGUCACUCCAGAGGCAACUGUCCAUCGCCCUGCCACAGGAGUUUGCAGUGCUGACCAAAGAGCUGAACCUCUGCCGGGAACAGCUGUUGGAGAGAGAGGAGGAGAUAGCAGAGCUGAAGGCGGAGAGGAACAACACACGACUGCUGCUGGAACAUCUGGAGUGCCUGGUGUCCCGUCACGAGCGAAGCCUGAGGAUGACCGUGGUGAAGAGGCAGGCCCAGUCCCCAGCCGGGGUCUCCAGCGAGGUAGAGGUCCUAAAAGCUCUCAAAUCUCUGUUCGAGCACCACAAAGCUCUGGAUGAGAAGGUGAGGGAAAGACUACGGGUGGCUUUGGAGCGAGUGGCGUCCCUGGAGGAAGAGCUGCAGACCUCGUCUCAAGAGGUUUUGUCUUUAAGGGAACAAAUCAAGCGACGGCAGCAAGGACUAGAAAACGGCAAAGAGCGGCUUCCAAACGGACCUUCGUCCAUCUUGGAAGACGCAGACGUCGACCGGCAGCGAGAGGGCGAGAUAGAGCGACAGAGGUCGGAACUGGGACAGCUGAAAGAGAGACUGGCUCUCAUGUGCAGACAGGUUGGAGAGAUCGAGGAGCAGCUGACGUCCGCCAGGAGGGAGCUGGCUCGAUCGGAGGAGGCCAACCAGAAACUACAGAGGGAUGUGAAAGAGGCACUCUGUCAAAGGGAAGACAUGGAGGAGAGAAUCACCACAUUAGAACGCAGGUACCUGAGCGCCCAGAGGGAGGCGACGUCUCUCCACGACACAAAAGAUAAACUGGAGAAUGAGUUGGCCAGCAAAGACUCUCUGUACAGACAGAGCGAGGAGAAGAACCGUCAGCUUCAAGAGCGUCUGGAUGAUGCCAAACAGAAGCUGCAGCAAACUCUGCAGAGGGCUGAGACGCUGCCUGAGAUCGAGGCCCAGCUCGCCCAGAGAGUGGCAGCACUCAACAAGGUGCGGAGGAAGCGUCAUGGUAACUUUGAGGAGCGACUGCGACAGAUGGAGGCGCAACUGGAGGAGAAGAACCAGGAGCUACAGAGGGCGAGGCAGAGGGAGAGGAUGAACGAUGAACACAACAAGCGUCUCUCCGACACGGUGGACAAGCUACUGUCUGAGUCCAACGAGAGGCUGCAGCUCCAUCUGAAGGAGAGGAUGGCCGCUCUGGAAGAAAAGAAUGCCCUUUCUGAGGAACUAUCCAACAUGAAGAAACUCCAGGAUGAUCUCCUGGCAAACAAGGACCAGCUGAUAGUGGAGCUCGAGCGGAUUCAGCUGGAGUUGGAUCAGCUGAGAGCGAGGCAGGGGGGCUCUUAUUCCAGUCGCUCUCUGCCAGGUAGUGCUCUGGAGUUGAGGUAUUCCCACGGGUGUGGGUCGCUCCCAGCAGGCUCCACCACUCACCUGGAUCCCUUUGGAAACGCCUCCACUGGGAGCAUGGUCAGGCUAAGUCAUCGGCCCCGUUGGAGCUCCGCUAGAGAGGACUCUACCAAGUACCCAGACUGGGAGAGCGGGGCUCUGCUGGGGACUGGGUUCGAGCCGGGUUUGGAUGUGGGCUGCUCAGACGACGAGGACGACGGGGAGACUCUGUUUGGCUCCGAGCUGAUGUCCCCCACUGGACAGACGGACGUGCAGACCCUCGCCAUCAUGCUGCAGGAACAGCUGGAGGCCAUCAAUAAGGAGAUCAAACUAAUCCAGGAGGAGAAGGAGAACACGGAGUUGCGGGCCGAAGAGAUUGAGAACCGGGUCAGCGUGGCUUUGGACAGUCCGCCCAUCCCUCCGUCCUCCCUGGGGAGAGACAGCACAGGACGGGGCUUCAUCCCCUCGUCCAUCACAUCCUCCACCCUGGCCUCUCCCUCCCCUCCCAGCUCUGGACACUCCACCCCUCGCCUGCCUCACUCCCCGGCUCGCGAGACUGAUAGACAAAACAGCAAAGAUGAUGACCGGUCCCUCGCUCUUCUUGACUCGACGCCUCCGUCCACUCCUCGCGCACUACGACUGGAAAGGAUGACCCUCACCCAUCCAGGAGCAAUGCUCGAUGACCCCCGGGAGUUUCGCAGUCUCUCGGCAGAUGGCAGCAGCUCCAACAGCAGCCAAGACUCUCUCCACAAGUCCAGUAAGAAGAAAAGCAUCAAGUCUUCCAUCGGUCGGCUUUUUGGGAAGAAGGAGAAAGGAAGGAUGGGCCAACCUGGGCGGGAUGGAUCAUCUUCUCUUGCAUCUACACCCUCUGAAGACAUGGCCCCUGGAGACCCGAUGGGGAUAAACAAGUCUGGGACUCUGGGUCCAGCAGAUAAAGACCGUCGCAGCAAGAAGAAGCAUGAGCUACUGGAAGAAGCAUGUCGCCAAGGACUUCCCUUUGCAUCUUGGGACGGACCCACCGUUGUUUCUUGGUUGGAGCUGUGGGUGGGAAUGCCGGCGUGGUACGUUGCAGCCUGUCGCUCCAACGUGAAGAGUGGCGCCAUCAUGGCCAACCUGUCUGACACAGAGAUCCAGAGGGAGAUUGGCAUCAGUAACCCGCUUCACCGCCUCAAACUGCGGCUGGCCAUCCAGGAGAUGGUUUCACUCACCAGCCCCUCUGCUCCGGCCAGCACCCGCUCUUCGACCAGUAACGUGUGGAUGACCCACGCAGAGAUGGAGACCCUGAACGCAGCCACCAAGCCUCCGGAGUUCAAAGAGUUCAGCUGGGAUCAGAUACUGGCCUAUGGCGAUAUGAAUCAUGAGUGGGUGGGCAACGACUGGCUGCCCAGCCUGGGCCUGCCACUAUACCGCAGCUAUUUCAUGGAGUCCCUGGUGGAUGCCCGCAUGUUGGACCACCUGACCAAGAAGGAGCUGAGAGGACAGCUCAAAAUGGUGGACAGCUUCCACAGGGUCAGUUUGCAUUACGGCAUCAUGUGCCUGAAGCGUCUGAACUAUGAUCGCAAGGAGCUGGAGAGGAGGAGAGAAGAGAGUGUUCAUCAGAACAAAGAUGUGAUGGUGUGGUCCAAUGAGCGUGUGAUGUGCUGGGUGCAGAAUAUCGGUCUGAAGGAGUACGGCGACAACCUGCGCGAGAGCGGCGUCCAUGGGUCUCUGCUGGCUUUAGACGACACCUUUGACUACACUGACCUGGCCCUGCUGCUGCAGAUCCCCAAUCAGAACACACAGGCCAGACAGCUCCUGGAGCAAGAGUACAACUCCCUCCUCUCCAUGGGAACCGACAGACGACCUGAUGAGGAUGGAGUGAAGACGUUCACCCGCUCGCCCUCCUGGAGGAAGAUGUUUAGAGAGAAAGACCUACGGGGCGUGACCUCCGACUCCGCCGAGACCCUGCCUGCUAACUUCCGUGCCUCAGCCAUUUCCACGCCCUCCGUUACCCUGAGAAAGGUUCAGAGUGAUGCCAGCUCUGGUGCCCGGGGUGAAUCUGCCUCAGUGAGGACGUACUCCUGUUGAGGGGCUGAGGGCGCUGACUGGAUUGGGACUAGAGGAUCCUCUCGCUCGUCCACGGAGAAAGAAGCAAUGAAUAUAACCAUUUAACUUAAAAAUAAAUCUAUCGGUCUGACCAUUCUGCAAUAACAGAAGCAAAGGAAUAAAGGGGAAAAUGACAUGAAGAAUGUAUGAAUGUAUUUUCCGACCAGACUUAGAAGGUUGAAUGGGAUCAGCUGUUUUCUCUCUUUGUCUCUCUCUUCCUGUCGUCCUGUCUUUGCUCUUCCUCUCUCAGAGUGACUGUGCUGUGGGGUUGAUGUAUAACGGAGGUGCAACACCAAUGUUGGGUCGGUUUGUGCCGGUCGCGCAGGUUUCCCCCUCUCUUCAUUCCUGUCGGAGUCUGCACACAGUCAGCAGAGUUGGCAAUAUCAGGGCUCAUUUUCCUACCUUCAGAGGAAACCACUACUUGCUGCCAUUUGUUCUCUUACAGUUUGAAACAACAACUAAACGUGUCGCCUUAUAACUUCUGCUCAUCAACAGGUGUUUUUAAAGAAGAGCCGGGGCAGAAGUUAACCUCACCGUAAAGUUUAGAUUUAAAUUAAAAUUGUAAACUGAUUGGGGGAAAUGGCCGGAUGGACAUAAACCGGUUUCAACUCCAAACAACACCAGUGUUCUCCUUUCUGCUCACGGUGUCCAGUGUCAGCCAUGUUGGCUCUAUUGUCGGCUUCUAUGGGCCCGUCAGAGGGGACCGAGUGUCCCCACUUGGUCGGAGUGGUGUAGUAAAACACGUCCGAGUUCAGACCACUGUUUGUCUCCGACCACAUCACAGGGACCCUCCUCAUGCUUUGUCUAUUGGCACCUUGAAAGCCGAUAGGCUGAGUAAUCUCUUUUGAAGGGACCCCAUUAUAGAGAUCAAAGGCACAGAGAUGGAUGGGACAGGGUGGAGCGAGGCCACAGAGGCAUCGUGUUCAUGAUGUCGAUGGCAGGAAAUCCAUAAAGUUAGUGUUGGUUCCACUUUCUGAAAAGGCGUACUUGACAAAGAGUUAAUAACUCUGACAAUUUCUUUUUCACAUGAAGUUCAGUUUACCUGUCAUGAGUAGAUCUUCUCAGCCUGUAAAAACAGUUGUAUGAUGUCUUCUGUGGUGCUGGAGGAGUUCUAAGACACUACUUAGUUGCAUUAUGGGAAAUGUAGGAUCCAGCAUUUUUGGUGCUUUUUACUAGGAAGUAAAAGGAAGUGAGUCAGCCCUCUUUGAUCUUCUCCAAUUUCUUUUUCGUAUCUGGGAGUCUCGCAACUUUUUCCAUGUGCAAUACUAACAUGAUUACAACAUCAUUUAAUACAUCAUUUAUUAAUACUUUCUAGAUAAGUAUCACAUAAUUUACCUUAUGGGGAAAAAACACGAUAUCACAACAUUAUAUUGACAUUUAUAACUGCAGAAUUUAGUAGCUAAGUAUGAGGAACUUCAUGUAAAGAGUCACACGUUAAUAAUGAGACGUUAGAUCUGUGGUCCAAAAUGCAGCUUUAGUCAUUAAUAAAAGAUAUUUCCUGAAGUAUAUUCUUAUUAGAAAGUGGUACCAAAGCGUUACAUAUAUUUAGGAAGGCAUGACAUUGAGGUCAGACUCCUCACUGGCCCUCCACAAUGUCGCACUUCAUGACUUGUAAUCAUCAGCUCAGGGUCUUGGGUAUUCCUGAUGAUGGCAGAGAGACAAAACAGCGACUCACAGGGAGGAGAGAGAGAAAAGAAACUGAAAAGAUGGACAGAAGCCGGUCAUUUUACUGCACACACACAAGCCAUAACAGUAACCAAGAGCUCUCUGGAGGGUGAGAGCAGAGAGAGGCAGGGAGAGAGGGCGAGCCCGAGGAAGCCCAGGAAACAAAACCUUUAGCCUCUGUGUUUACGAUGCAUGUCAAACAAACGACAAUGACCUAAAAACGUUUUUUUGGUGGUGAAGAUGAUAUGAGGUGUCUUUAAAAAAAUAUAUAUAUCUGUAUGAUAAACCUACAGGGGUUGGGAGCCUGGGGAUCAAUUUGUAAAAUGUGUGUAUUUUUUUCAGUUGUAUUUUUUAUUUUUUACGAUAUCUAUUUAUUUUCUUUAGGUAUGUAUUGGAUAAAUGUAUGUAUAUGUUCGGUUCCUUCUUGACUUCAUUUGAACUAGUUUUAAAAGUAAAUAUGAAAUAUUGAAAAUGGUCAUUCAAAUACGCUACUGUAUGUGCACAUUUUGAGAACAAAUUGUGCAAUGAUUUAACAGAUUUCCAUGAUAAAAGUGAUAGUAAUACAAAUUGAAAUAUCAUCUGGAAAAUAAACUGAUGAUGAUGAUGAUGAUGAUGAUGAUGAUGAAAAUG